AUGGAGGUGGAGGUUGAAAAAGACUGCAGAACAGAGUGUAGUAGAGAAAGAGAAAUAGAGAAGGAAAGAAGCAAGGAUGAAUUUCAUGGAUUGAUUGAAAUCGACGGAGAAUGCAUGCAGUCAGGCAACAGAAAAUGGAAAAGAAUCGACAGUGCGGUAAAAGUGGCAAAGAAGGAAAAGAAGAAGAAGAUGAAAGACGAGGAGAAGAAGAAGGAGGAUGAGGACAAUUUGCAACACACUAUUCAACAAUCUGAAUGA